UUUGGUACGUCACAACCGCCGGUGUCGGCAAGUAUAAAGGCAAAGGUCCUUUUGUGCCGCCGCUCUAUUUCUGUUUUGAUUUGCCGCGAGUGUUUAUGCUGUUGCGUUUGUGAUUCUAGUAUCGUUUUGCUCUAGUCAAUUGGAUUAGUAUCGUUUAUACAUCGAAAAUGGACGAUCAAGGCACUCAAAAAACGUUGAAAUUAUUGGACUUGAUGCAAAAAACCGGCUGUCCUAUCAUUCAGCACAAUGGACAGCGAAAGUUUGGACCACCACCGUAUUGGACGGGCCCGCCGCCUCCCAAAGGCUGCGAAAUAUUUAUCGGAAAGCUACCCCGAGAUAUCUACGAAGACGAGCUUGUACCGCUUUUCUCAACCGUGGGUACCAUCUAUGAAAUGCGUCUUAUGAUGGACUUUUCGGGCUCCAACCGUGGGUACGCUUUCAUCACUUACGCGACCCGAGAAGAAGCGGCCGCUGCGGUCAAACGGCUAAAUGGCUAUGAAAUAAGACCCCGAAGGCACCUCGGCGUAGUCAAAUCUGUGGAUAACUGUCGCCUUUUCAUUGGUAAUAUACCCAAGACGAGGACCAAGGAAGAAUUGGUACAGGAACUAACCAAACGAGUUACGGGGCUGGUUGAUGUGAUUCUGUACAGAAACAGCUUUGAUCGUAACUUAAGUCGAGGCUUUGCUUUCGCGGAGUUCGUAUCCCACAAGGCCGCAGCGAUGGCCAGGCGGGAGCUAGUGCCGGGCUGCGUGAAGUUGUGGGGUCAGGAGGUUGUGGUAGACUGGGCAGAACCUGAGCCUGAUGUUGACGACGAGAUCAUGAAGACGGUUAAAGUGCUUUAUGCUAGAAAUUUUGCAAUAAGCACAACCCCAGAAACAAUUAGAAAAACGUUUGAAGACGUAAUCAAGAAUAAAUUGGAUCGAGUAAAAAAAAUAUAUGAUUACUGCUUCAUACAUUUUUAUGAACGCGCCCAUGCAGAAUUAGCCAUGAACAAGUUACAAAAAGCCGAAAUAGAUGGUUCAACUAUAGAAAUAUGCUGGGCGAAGCCAGUAGAUCGUGAGCAGUAUCGUUUACAGAAAGAGAAAAGAGGCAAUGCGAAAUUUAAUAAAACCGUUGAUUUGGCUGAAACACUUGAGCUUUACAAACAGCACCUAGAAAAAAAGGAAUACGCCAACAGCAGCCCUAAAGAUGAAGGCAUCGGUUCAGCAUAUGCAGGAGACAGCCCAUGCAUUUCUCCAUUGGAUUUCAAGCCAGCACAUGCCUCUUUGACUCCAUCCAAUUAUAUGUUGGCUCCAGCGAAGCUUGAGUCAAUGUGUAAAAGAUAUCUUUGGUUGCCACCAAUUUACCAGUACCAAAAGUAUAUGGAUCCUACAGGAGUAGAGUUGUGGGUGUGUACUGUGGACCUGCCUCAAGUUGGACCGCCUCUGCUGGCUACACCAAAGCGCAUUGGACCUCUUGCUAGUAGAAUUUGUUACUCCACGCAGCAGGCUCAUUCUGAAGCAGCUGAAAUAGCUUUACAGACCCUAAAGAUGUUGAGAGUCGACCUCAUCCAGCAAUCCGUGCCCACACCGGUGUACCAGAUGCCUGCCAUGCGGAACUGCAUGAGUUUUCCAUGUGACUACCCAACAAUCUACCCUCCAAUGCAACCAGUAAUGCCAAUAACCAUUCCUACAAUAUGGCGAACAGCUUAAACUCGGGGUUUUUAGUAUCUAUCCAUUACAGAAUAAGUUUAAGUGUAAGUUAUUUAAAAAUCUAAUCUUUAUUGUUGAACAAAAAGACUGGAUUUACUAAAGUUGUCAUUUAAUAGAAUAAUUUUUAGAAUGUAAGAUUUAAGUCGGUUUUUAUUAAGAAAUCUAUUCUGUAUUGUUGAACAAAAAGACUGGAUUUGCUAGCUACCAAUGGGUACUAUCUACUGUUUUUCUUUUGCAGUUGACUGCAAAAAAAUCUUGCUUUGUUGAUGAUCAAAAAGUCAAGAUUUUUUUUCUUAGACGCCAAGCUGCAAAUAUUUAGUGUUAGUAUUGUAUUUUAAAAGCUUUUUAUUUUGUAUGGUUAAGGUGUUAACAUUACCAGGUGGUAAAAAUAUAUUUUAGAUCAUUUCUACAUAAAAUAAGUAUUUUGACCAAUUUAAAUCCACUUAACUUUUAUUGACUACUUUUAACAAUAUGCAGUUGAAUUAAUAUUGACUAUAAAAUACUUAUAUUUGACUACAUUUUAAUACACAAGAUAUUGAUCGAAUUUUUAAGACUAAAGAAUUUUAUCAGAAUCUAUCUGAGUGCUUAGGACUUGAGACUUGAAGUUAGUUAAGUAGUUCUAUUAUAAAACUAUUGAUAUUAAAGUCUAAAAUAUAACAGAUAACACCUAUUUUGUACACUAUAAUUAUCUAUUGUUUUAAUGAUAAUUAGGUUAGAAUUCUGCUAAACAAUUGUAAUAUUUUUAAUUAAGGUGGAUGCGACGGUCUGCCCGCGAAAUUCAAAUUUAAUUUGAAUUUCGCGGGCAGACCCGUCUCGUGCCCCUUAAUGAUUUGUACUUCACAUACCUAAAUACUAAUUAACAAAUUGUUAAUAUGCCUACCUAAUUCGUAAUUGUUGAUUUAGAGUAUAAUUAUUAUAAUUCACACUUAAUUUUUGAUUUAGACUGAACAGUUGAUUGUACUUAUGUUUCUUUGGUUCUGUGACUUUGCUCUGGUGUAGUUUAGAGUUAAAAGCACAGUCGGUGCUUCCUUGUGCAUAUAUUUUGGUAUAUUCAGAGAGAAUGCGCUGUGUAUUUAUGUACGAGUAAUAGAUACAUUUAUUUACUUUGGUUGUAACAAGUUAACAUUUUCAUCAUUCUGCAGACAAUAAAUAUGUUGGACUUAU